CAUGAUGCCGAUGCGGCGACUGGUGGAUGCCGUGCCGUUGGCUGGUCCAACACGCAAGAUGAAUCACCUUGUUGUCGUUGCCCUGACUUCUUCUCCAGUCUUUCCUCAGGAAACGCCAUGAUGUCGAAAACCGACACGACGAUGAUCGAAGAGCAGGGAAAUAACCAGCAGGAUCUGGAAUUGAGUCGCACGGAGACUGGUGUAUCGGAGAAAGUCCAAAACACCAUGGGAACCACAAGAAGAAGACUUGUGAUGCUUUCACUCUGUCUUGCACAAUUUCUCGCCGCCAUCGACAUCACAAUCGUCGCGACAGCACUUCCGACGAUAGCGAGCAGUCUACACGCCACAUCUGCUCAGUACACUUGGGUUGGAUCCGCGUACAAUCUUGCAAGCACAGCAUCAACACCACUUUGGGCGAAAUUAUCAGAUGUCGUUGGAAGAAAGACUGCUCUUCUUGCCGCAAACACUUUGUUCCUUGCCGGAAGUCUGCUAGCCGCUCUUGCGAAUUCGAUUUUGAUUCUCAUCGGAGGUCGCUGUUUGCAAGGUAUUGGAGGUGGUGGUCUGAUGAUCCUCAAUACCAUCAUCAUCAGUGACAUCUUCCCACUGGAAGAUCGCGCAAAGUACUAUGGGUUAUCUGCAAUCGUUUGGGCUAUUGCAAGCGCUCUUGGUCCAAUGCUUGGAGGUGUCUUUACGUCGACUAUCGGAUGGAGAUGGUGUUUCUACAUCAAUCUGCCACUCGACGCUAUCUCACUCGUCCUCGCCGUUCUCUGCCUCAAACUUAACAUCAAGAGAGCUCCAGCCAAAGAGACCUUGAAAGAGCUCGAUUGGACUGGCUGCUUCUUGAUCGCCGCCGGAGCCAUUCUGUUCCUUCUUGGACUGGAAAGUGGUGCCAGUCAUCAACAUUCAUGGACAUCCGCCUACACCCUGUGCAUGAUCAUCUUCGGCGUCUUCCUCCUUGCAGCAUUCAUGAUCUGGGAAUGGAGAUUCGCCAAGGUCCCCCUGAUUCCCAUACAGGUGUUUGCCUCACGUACCAGCCGUGCAGCACUUACUAUAGCUUGCUGUCACAGCUUCGUCUUCAUUGCGUUCGACUUCUACCUGGCUUUGUACUUUCAGGCGGUUCUCGGACGCUCGCCCAUUAUCUCGGGUGUACUGCUUUUCGCUUUGAUUCUACCAUUGUCUCUUUGCACUAUGGCCACUGGAAUGUUCAUCGGCAAGACCGGCAAGGUCAGACCUGCUAUAUGGUUCGGAUGUUUCUUCAUGACGCUCGGCACGGGAUUGUUCAUCAACUUUGGCUCCAAGCUUGUCAUCUGGAAGAUCAUCUUGUUUCAAAUCAUUGCUGGUAUCGGAGUCGGCCCGCUAUUCCAGGCUCCCAUGAUUGCUCUUCAAAGCGUAGUCAAGCAGAGAGAUGUCGCAGCCGCCAACUCUGCUUUCACUUUCCUCCGCAGUCUCAUCACUUCCCUUUCCAUCGUCAUUGGAGGCGUAGUAUUGCAGAGAGGUCUCGGGUCUGAUUCUUUGACCGGCAAUGGACAUGUUUCUGCCGGUGGCGGUGACAACUCGAAGAAGUAUGCUGCAGCAUUGAGUAACAUGUGGAUCUUCUACACAGCCUUCUGUGGAGUCAUGCUUGUGUCGACGUUCUGGGUUGGCAAGAUUGAUGUGAGCAAAAAGCCAACUCACAAUGAACAGAACGAUGCAGUGGUGGAAGAGACCGUGGUGGCCCCGAAAGGUGCAGAGGCUCUUCCGAACAGCGGGGAUAUGGUCGAGAAGAAAAUAAAUGUCUGACAAGCAAUUGAAGAACUCUAUGUAGUACUUAGAAAGAUUGAUGAUAU